AGCAUCAGCGGCAAUAACAACCGAAGAAGCAACAGCAGCAGCAACAGCAGGCAAUGAGAUUUUCAACGUGAUCACACACAACGUUGAAAAAAUUGAUCCAGCUUAGGUUUAGUCUGCCUUUUGAUGUCAUCGCGUUUGGUGAGAUUAUAAUUGAAGCCAAGGCAGGCCAAGCAGAGUAAUUGACAGAAACGACGACGACAUUGAAGAUAGAAUAGAACAUCGUCAAAAUCAAAUGGUUGCUUGUUCGUCACAGCUGAAUUUUGCGCAAGAAUAAGCACAUAACAUGAAGAUAACACGCUAAAAAGCGGAGACUAAAAAAGGAGACAGUAUGCAAAAGAGAGAGAAACGCGAUAUUCAACGGCGAAAAAAAGAGUCACUGAAUUAAAUUCAGGCAGUUUUAAGACAUCUAUAUUUGCUCAAAAACACACGACCAGCAUAACAAUUGUACUCAAUACGAAAAUUUAUUUCGUACAAUCAUUUUUUUCUGUCUUUCCAUCGUUCCCAUUGCCCAUUGCCUACCGUUUUUUGAAACACGUUGUCGUUGUCGUCGUGGUCGCUGCCGUCAUCUCUUGUGGAAGUAAAGACAGCAAAAACGCGCGCGCACUCAGCAAAAAAAACCAGCUAUGGACUAUACGUCAUCUUCAAGGAUGAUGUGCGUUCUGAUUGUUUUGGUGUCAAUGUUAGUUGCAACGGCAUAUUCAAUUCGUGUGGAUUUCAACACGAACACGGGUCCAAUUCGGCCGCUAACGACAACACCACGACCUCCACCGCCACAGCCACCAUUCCGUGAACCGGCACCCGUUUGGGAAGACCAAUCAAAUGAUAUUCCAAAUCCAAAUCCAUACAGAUAUGUGCCACCACCACCAUCGCGUCCACGAUACGACAACAAUGACAUUGAAACGAACAAAAUUCCAAACGAUAAAGACUUUAACAAUGGCUACAAAGAGACAAAUGCCAGAGGAUUCUUUGUGGAUGUGCCACCAAAGUUCUAUAAAUCAUCCGCCAAGCAACAAUAUCACCAGCAGCAGUAUUUAAAUGACGUGUUUAGCAAAAAUUACUAUAGUAAAGCCAAUAAAUAUAGUAUAAUUGCUUUUAAAGAUAAAUACCGCGGUCUUCCGUAUUAUGUGUUUUAUUUCGCUCGAGCUCCACAAUAAGCAAUGUCAACUCUUAAGAAAUGGAUACAGUCAAUUUUUUUUUAUCAUUAGAAUCAUUUGAAAGAAGAAAACUGAAAAUGAUGGCAAGGAGAAACGGAGACAGUAGCGUGUAACAUUUACUUCCACACCAUUUAGUCAGCAUGGUUCAUCCCACAAUGUAACCAACAAAUACAUACAAACACAAAUACACAGCUCAAUGUCGAUGCGAAAGGAAGUCACACACAAAUAUUACAUUAUUGAGGUUACUAGAAAUGUGGUACAAUAAUUUUUCAAUUCUUUUUUCCCUCCACUCUCUCUCUCUCUCUCUUUCUGUAUACUUUUAAGUUAAGUAAUCGUUUCCGAUGUCUAGAAUUUUGCCUCCAACACACAUUUGAGGCACAUUUGAGGCACAUUUGCUUUUGUGCAACAUCAAAUUCUAUGUACAUAAAUGAGUUGUGUGAUAAGAUAUUAAUUAUAAAUGUAAUCGGCUUGACCGACAAUCAAAUCAUGUGAAUGAGGGGAAAAUGAUUUAAAUAAAGAGAAAAAAAUAAACAAAAAACUACUC